UGCUGCAAAAAAUCAUUAACUGUAAGUUGAAACACACUUUUCUGGUACGGUCGAAAGUAUGAUUCGAUCAGGGAACUAUAAUUUUUAGAUAUAAAUAUACACCAUGUAAUUUCAUCUUUUUUUGGGAAACUUUGUGUCAAGUCAUGGCUGUGACAUUUUAUACACGUGGACGCCAUGGAUAUGCAGUUAAGUUUUCGCCAUACUUCGGUCAAAGAUUCCUUUGUGCAACUUCGCAACAUUAUGGAAUAGCAGGUGGUGGGACUUUAUUUGUACUAGACAUCCUUCCCAGUGGAAUUAAAGUAAUUGGAAGAUGGGAGUGGAGAGAGGGUCUUUUUGACUGUUCAUGGAGUGAACACAAUCAGGAUUUUAGUAUCACUGCUAGUGGAGAUGGUUCAAUUCAGAUGUGGGAUCUCAAAAACCCUAAGGGUCCUAUAAAGGUCUGCAAAGAACACAGUGCUGAGGUCUAUGGUGUGGACUGGAACUGUAAUAGACAACUUGAUCAAUUUUUGAGUGCAUCUUGGGAUCACAGCAUAAAACUGUGGGAUCCGAAUGGAGCCCAAUCUCUAGCUACAUUUGCUGAUCAUCAGCAUGUAGUUUACAGUGCAGUGUGGUCUCCACAUGUUUCAAGGACAUUUGCUUCUGCUUCAGGAGACAACACCCUUAGGAUAUGGGACAUAUCAGCCCCUCCACGUGCUCAACAGACCAUUAGGGCUCAUGAUGGGGAGGUCCUCACUUGUGACUGGGCCAAAUAUGAUGUGAAUUUAGUGGUGACUGGAUCAGUGGAUACAAAAAUCAGAGGUUGGGAUCUGAGAAACAUAACCGCACCUGUGUUUACACUAGAAGGCCACCAGUAUGCAGUAAGACGAGUGAAGUGCUCUCCCCAUAAUGGCACCUUACUGGCAUCUUGCUCCUAUGACUUUACAGUUCGAACUUGGAACAUUGCCAACGGAACAUGUCCAUUAGAGACUACAGAACACCACACAGAAUUUGUUCUGGGAUUAGAUUUCAAUCUUCAUCUUCCAGGACAGAUUGCUGACUGUUCAUGGAAUGAAAAAGUGAAAAUACACUCUCCACCUUCUCUGCUGUAAAGAUGACUAUCAUGAAAUGACUAACUG